GACACAGAGAGUUUCUGACUGUGGCUUCAGUUGCUUCCGGCAGUUGUCCGGUGCAGGUCUGGCGUUGUUUGGUCCGUGCAGCGCGGCGGUCUCCGGGCUGUGUCUCUGUGUGAUCUGUUCCCGCUCUGCAGCCGACUCAGAUCAGCCAUGAUCCUGCUACAGAUGACAGAAGUUUGAGACCACAACGAAUGGCUUCCACAGGGAGCGGCCUCCGCAUCCCGGGGGACGACAACCUGCAGUCCAUGCUGGUGGGGACAAUCAUGAGGAAAAUAAAGUCUCGAACCUGGAAGAAGCAGCGCUACUUCAAACUGCAGGACGACUGCAUGACCAUCUGGUACAAGUCCAAGAAGGCUGGGAACUCCCACUCCACAUUUUCUGUGAGCGACGUGGAGGCGAUCCGAGAGGGCCACCAGUCCGAGGUGCUGCUCAGCAUUGCCGAUGAGUUCCCAGCUGACAGAUGCUUCACGCUGGUGUUUCGCGGUCGCCGGGGCAACUUGGACCUGGUGGCUGAGUCGGCGGAGGAAGCCCAGUCCUGGAUCCGAGGAAUCAGGAAGCUGAUGGAGAACCUGGAGAACAUGGGGCAGCGCGAGAGACUCGACCAAUGGAUCGGCGACUGGUUCAGGAAGGCAGACAAGAACAACGACGGGCGGAUGAACUUCAGGGAAGUUCGAGACUUACUGAAAAUGAUGAACGUGGACAUGAACGAGCACCACGCUCGGUGCCUCUUCACGAUGGCUGAUAGGUCACAGUCAGGGACGCUGGAGGACGAUGAGUUUGUGCUCUUCUACAAGAUGUUGACCCAGCGGGAGGAUGUGCUGAGGGUGUUCCAGCAGUUUUCACUGGAUGGCCAGACGUUAUCCCAAAGUGACUUGGAGGACUUCCUCAGAGACGGCCAGCUGGAGGGGGACAAUGUCCAGCAGCAUGCCGAGACGCUCAUCCAGCGCUACGAACCCUCCGACACAGCCAAGCUGCUGAACGCCAUGACAUUUGACGGCUUCUUGAUGUACCUCGGCUCCUCUGAGGGCUCCAUUUUUAACCCGCGGUGGCGGGAAAUCUUCCAGGACAUGAGCCAGCCGCUGUGCCACUACUUUAUCUCCUCCUCCCACAACACCUACCUGAUGGAGGACCAGCUCCGUGGACAGAGCAGUGUGGAGGGAUACAUCAGGGCUCUGAGUCGAGGCUGUCGCUGUGUGGAAGUGGACUGCUGGGAUGGCGCUAAUGGAGAACCAAUCGUGUAUCACGGACACACGUUCACCUCCAGGAUCCUCUUCAAGGACGUGGUCACCGCGGUGGGAAACUACGCCUUCAAGGUAUCGGAGUACCCCGUCAUCCUGUCCAUGGAGAACCACUGCAGUGUUGAGCAGCAGAGAGUCAUGGCCCGACACCUCAACCAAAUCCUUGGAAACAAACUGCUGAAAAGCACAUUAGACGGCAAAGCCGCCGUCGGCCUGCCGUCUCCGGAGGAUCUGAAGGGGAAGAUUCUGCUGAAGGCGAAGAAACUCGGCGGUCUGGAGGAGAGUUUCAGCGGCACAGCAGAUGACUCUCAGACGGGAGAGGUGAGCGAUGACGAUGAGGCUGAGAUGGAAGAAGAUAACGUCCACCGCCAAAGCAGCCGCUACAGGGGGAAGAAGAAGUCGAAGCAGCGUCUGUCCAAGGAGUUGUCCGACUGCGUCGUCUACUGCAAAAGUGUCCACUUCAGCAACUUCAAACACUCGCACAUCCACUCCAAGUUCUACGAGGUGGCGUCUUUCACCGAGUCCAAGGCCCGCAGACACCUGCGAGACACUGGCGGCGAGUUUGUGCACCAUAACUGCCGGCAGCUGACCCGGGUUUAUCCCAGCGGCUUCCGGACCGACUCCUCCAACUUCAACCCUCAGGAAAUGUGGAACGCCGGCUGCCAAAUUGUUGCGCUGAACUUCCAGACGGCGGGCGAGGGGAUGGAUCUGAACGAUGGGAUGUUCAGGCAGAACGGCGGCUGUGGCUACGUCCUGAAGCCCGGCUUCAUGAGAGAAGCCGAGAAAACAUUCGACCCCGAGACUCCCCAAAAACGGGACGGCUACCAACCGGUCGCCCUCACCAUCCAGGUGAUCAGUGGUCAGCAGCUUCCCAAAGUCAACAUUAAAGAGGACUCGAUCGUGGACCCGCUGGUCCGAGUGGAGAUCUACGGGGUUCCUCUGGACCAGAACAGACAGGAGACCAGAUACAUAGACAACAACGGGUUUAACCCGGUGUGGUACGACACUCUGCGCUUCACCGUGCACGCUCCUGAGCUCGCCAUGGUGCGCUUCGUGGUCGAAGACUACGACAAGACGUCGAAAAAUGACUUUGUGGGUCAGUACGCGCUGCCGCUCCGCUGCAUGCAGCAAGGUUAUCGGCAUAUUCACCUUUUGUCCAAAGAUGGAACCAGUAUUCCUCCCUCAUCUUUAUUCGUACACAUCCGGAUCACAGAACUGGAAUAAACCUUCUCAUCUUUUCAUCCUCAGCACAGAUGAUUGAGUUCCUUCCUGUAUAACUCCUAAAAUAGUAUUUAUUCUUGUUGUUAUUUGAUGUGAAUAAAUACUACGCCAAAUGUUUCGUGGUUGUUGGCAGCAGAUGUAAUGAGAUGUGCAUGGUUUUUUUUGUUUAGUUCACUAUCAUGUGUGUAACUUGUUCCUGUGAUUGACUUGAACUUUGCUGCUCAUGUUUGGUGUAACUGUGACUGUAGCGCUCAAACGCUGAAAUGUUGAAAACGCUGAAAUGUUUAAAACGCUGAAACGCUGAAAUGUUGAAACGCUGAAAUGUUUAAAAUGCUGAAACGCUAAAAUGUUGAAAUGCUGAAAUGUUGAAACAAUGAAAUGCUGAAAUGUUUAAAACGCUGAAACGUUGCAAUUCUUAAACUCUGAAAAUGCUGAAAACGCUGAAAUGUUGAAACGCUGAAAUGUUUAAAAUGCUGAAAUGUUGAAACGCUGAAAUGUUUAAAACGCUGAAAUGUUGAAACAAUGAAAUGCUGAAAUGUUUAAAACGCUGAAAUGUUUAAAACGCUGAAACGUUGAAAUUCUUAAACUCUGAAAAUGCUGAAACACUGAAAUGUUGAAACGCUGAAAUGUUUAAAAUGCUGAAACGCUGAAAACGCUGAAAUGUUGCAAUUCUUAAACUCUGAAAACGCUGACAUGUUUAAAAUGCUGAAACGCUGAAAACGCUGAAAUGUUUAAAAUGCUGAAAUGUUUAAAACGCUGAAACGUUGAAACGCUGAAAUGUUUGAAACGCUGAAAUGUUUAAAACGCUGAAACGUUGAAACGCUGAAAUGUUUGAAACGCUGAAAUGUUGAAACAAUGAAAUGCUGAAAUGUUUAAAACGCUGAAAUGUUUAAAACGCUGAAACGUUGAAAUUCUUAAACUCUGAAAUGCUGAAAUGUUGAAACGCUGAAAUGUUUAAAAUGCUGAAAUGUUUAAAAUGCUGAAACGCUGAAAACGCUGAAAUGUUGAAACAAUGAAAUGCUGAAAUGUUUAAAACACUGAAACGUUGCAAUUCUUAAACUCUGAAAACGCUGACAUGUUUAAAAUGCUGAAACGCUGAAAACGCUGAAAUGUUGAAACGCUGAAAUGUUUAAAAUGCUGAAAUGUUGAAACAAUGAAAUGCUGAAAUGUUUAAAAUGCUGAAACGUUGAAAUUCUUAAACUCUGAAAACGCUGAUAUGUUUAAACGCUGAAAUGUUUAAAACGCUGAAAUGUUGAAAACGCUGAAAACGUUUAGUUUUAGUUGUAGAAGAAUGUGCCACCAAUGUGUUUCUUGUCAGUAUUUUCUGUUGUGAUUUGCAAAGUGUUUGAGAUAGUUUAGAUUCUGUUGUUAUUUAAUCAAAGGUCCAGUUAGUUUUAUUUGAAAUCUUGUUUCAGACUCUGAGAUCUUUCAUUCAUGGUUUCUUUGCUCUUUUGUCACUUUUUCCGACUUUUUGUCGCUUUUGUGUCCUUUUUUCUAACAUUUAGUUUGAUUGUAAAUGGUUUUGAAUCGGGUGUUAAAGGGUUUCAACAUACAUGGAAAUAAGAUUAACUUAAAGAACUUAAAUUACAUUCACCAGAAGUAGAGAACAAUUCUCUUCAGACACACCGACAGCUCGGCAAAGUUGUUAAAAAUGGUUCAAGUUCAAAUUAGAAACAACAGAAAAGGAACGGAGACCUCUGAAAGAAGUAACAAAACCUUGAAAAAAAGAGACAAAAAUGUCUUCAAAGAGCAUCAAAAAUAUAUAGCCCCUUUUCCAACUGUUAAAGCUUUUCAAAGUUUACUUCAGACUUUUUCGUCUCUUCUUUGCGUUUAAUUCAGCUUCUGUGUGGUCAUGAUUGUAGCCGCGUGUCACGUGACCUUAUUGUUGCAGUCUGUGUAAAAGUCUUUAUAUAACGUGUCUAUUUUUGUAUCCAUGGAAACGUUUGCAUGUCCUGGACAGCUUGGCACAGUGAAGUGUUUAUCUGCUUAGUUUUUUAUUGUAUACAUCUGCCACAGUUACCUGCAAAUAAAUAUGAUUCUGAGAC